AUGACCGUGGGCAUGGGUGCUGACCUGGACCCCAACCACCACCACUAUGUGUUGGCGUGCAUUAUCUGUGGCAACUCUCCCUUGAAGAAACAAGCUGCAAUAUUGUCCGUGAGCGCCAAAUACUCUAAUGAUGUUUUCCCCGGAAGUCAUAAAUCCCUCUCCUAUAAACACCAAAGCUUACACGCUGCACAUUAUUUUGCUCAUAGGGUUCUUGGCGUUAUGGCUCUUUCCACUGGAAGAAAUGAGAUUUGCUCGUCGGUGAUCCAGCGCCAUUUUCAGCCAGGCAUGGAAGAACUUGUGAGCUUUGCUCAGUGUCUGGUAGAUGCCGGGACGGACCUGAGCACGUGUCACAACAUGAAUGGGCACAUUCUCAAAGCUUCACAAGAAAUGGGGGAGGCUCUGCAAGAGCUCCAGGGAGGCCUGAGUACUAUUGAUACCAAAUCUGCCCAGCUGGUGGCACAGAAGAAACAUUUGGAGGGGGAAAGGGAAGCACAGGCUGAGAAACUCCGUAGCCUAAGGCACCAAAUGGAUUCACACAAGAGCCUGGAAAGCAGGUCCAAAGGGAUGCUGGAAACAGCCAAGAGGCAUCUUGAGGAAAUGCAGCGGCAGCUCUCCCAAAAGGAAGAUGAAGCCCGGUACAAUGAGAUGAUAAGAAAUGUUGGCAUCGGACUAAUGUUCAUCCCUAUUGUGGGAAUGAUCCCCGGUGGCGUCAUGGUUGGUUGUGGCCAGGUGGCCCUCGAUGCUGCCCAGAACGCUAAGAGAGAAGCUGAAGAUGAAGUGAAUCGCCAUUCUGCAGAGGUUGUCCGGUGCAUGGCUGAAAUCGACAGAUGCCAAACUGAGAUAAGAGAAGCCGAAGCCGAAAUUCAGGCAAGCGAAAACAGGCUCUCUUCAAUUGAAUGGGAAAAACAGCAGCUGACUUCGGAGCAAGCGGAAGUGGUGACCCUUCAGAACUCCCUGAGAAAAUGUGUGACCUUCCUAGACGUUCUGUCCGGGAAAGUAGACACGGCCGAACUCUUAACUCAUGAUGUUGUGAUCUACCACGAGCUCGAAAGAGUUCUUGAAGAUAUUGUCAAUCAUGUGUUCCCCUUGAUGGGGCAGGGAAAUCAAAUGUGUGUGAUGGCCCUCUCCACUUCUGAAAUUCGAGUCCUUGUUGGGAGGUUAAAAUGUGCUAGAGAACAACUCAGUUUAGAAGGGCCAAGCUCAGGAUUGGGAAAUGUUGCCAUAGACUUCUAGCCAGCCAGUCUUAAGCAGCACAAAGUCCUAAGAUGUGGCAAUUCAGGCAAGCAUGCUAAGGUGCCAUAUCCACAUAAGUGUGUAAGUCACAUUAGGCUUCUAGUAAAAGCAGAUGAAAUACAAAACAACCUACAGAUAGAGGCUCUUAAUUUACUUCAACCUUGUACUUUAAGCCAUCAUUAGAGUUAUA